AUGAAGUCUUGCAAUAAUGAGAUCAAACUAGUUCGUAAAGCUCUAGGAAUUUGGUCGAAGAAGGGAUGCAUGAAAGAAAAUGGAGGACUCGAAAACUCAUCAUAUAAAUACAAAGGUAUUAGGCAGAGGACAAGGGGUAGAUGCGUUGUUGAGAUUUGUAAGCCAAAGGGAAAAAUGCUAUGUCUUGUCAGUUUUGAAAAUGUUGUUGAUGCUGCCUUGUCUUACGAUAAAGCUGAAAGAACAAUAUACGAUUCUCGUGCUCGCCUCAACUUUCUAGAUGAUUGUUCAGCAACAACCCCAUCAAGCAUUUGUUUAGCAGCAAUUCUGAGAAGCUCUGGUUGCACAAAUUACUUUGAAGAUAUAAGCAUGAAGCUUGUUACUCCAAAUUUAAAAAACGAGAAUGGGAAAGAUGAAUGGAGCAGUAACACUCUGCAUGCUGCAGAAAUUGAAGCUGCUACUGUUGCCACACUAAGUAGUACGCAGUAG